CAGGCGUACUCGGCACUCCCCAGCCCUCUUGCCUCCGUGGAGUCUGACCCAUUUGGGUGGGUCUUCGCGGUGGCGACAGUGACUGCUCGAGAUGGCGAUGGCGAUGUCAGACAGCGGGGCGAGCCGCCUGCGGCGGCAGCUGGAAUCAGGGGGCUUCGAGGCGCGGCUGUACGUGAAGCAGCUCUCGCAGCAGUCGGACGGGGACCGGGACUUGCAGGAGCACCGGCAGCGCAUCCAGGCGCUGGCGGGGGNGACGGCGCAGAACCUCAAGCGCAACGUCUACCAGAACUACCGGCAGUUCAUAGAGACGGCCCGCGAGAUCUCCUACCUGGAGAGCGAAAUGUACCAGCUCAGCCACCUGCUGACCGAGCAGAAGAGUAGCCUGGAGAGCAUCCCGCUGGCUCCACUGCCCGCCGCUGGGGCUGGGGCCGGCGCUGCCGGGACAGAGGAGGCCGGCGCCGGGGCGGGCGCCCGAGACCACCUCCGAGGCCAGGCCGGCUUCUUCCCCGCCCCCGGGGGCGCCUCCCGCGACGGCUCCGGCCCGGGCGAGGAAGGAAAGCAGCGCACCCUCACCACCCUGCUGGAGAAGGUGGAAGGCUGCAGGCACCUGCUGGAGACUCCGGGCCAGUACCUGGUGUACAACGGGGACCUGGUGGAGUAUGAGGCUGACCACAUGGCCCAGCUGCAGCGCGUGCAUGGCUUCCUCAUGAACGACUGCUUGCUGGUGGCCACCUGGCUGCCGCAUCGGCGAGGGAUGUAUCGCUACAACGCCCUCUACCCCCUAGACGGCUUGGCAGUGGUCAACGUCAAGGACAACCCGCCCAUGAAAGACAUGUUCAAACUGCUCAUGUUCCCCGAGAGCCGUAUUUUCCAGGCGGAAAAUGCUAAAAUCAAACGAGAGUGGCUGGAAGUGCUGGAGGAAACCAAGAGGGCCCUCAGCGAGAAAAGACGGAGGGAGCAGGAGGAGGCAGCAGCCCCGCGAGGGCCAUCCCACGUGACUCCCAAGGCCAGCAACCCGUUUGAGGAGGAGGAGGAAGAAGAACCAGCUGCUCCUGAGGUAGAGGAGGAGAAGGUGGACCUGUCCAUGGAAUGGAUCCAAGAGUUACCUGAAGACCUGGAUGUCUGUAUUGCCCAGAGGGACUUUGAGGGGGCGGUGGACUUGUUGGAUAAACUGAACCAUUACCUGGAAGAUAAGCCCAGUCCACCUCCAGUGAAAGAACUCAGGGCCAAAGUGGAUGAGCGUGUUCGACAGCUCACUGAGGUGCUGGUGUUCGAACUCUCCCCGGAUCGUUCCCUGAGAGGCGGUCCCAAGGCUACUCGCAGGGCAGUUUCUCAGCUAAUCCGGCUGGGCCAGUGCACAAAGGCCUGUGAGCUAUUCUUGAGAAACAGGGCGGCAGCUGUGCACACUGCCAUACGUCAGCUCCGCAUCGAAGGAGCCACUCUACUCUAUAUUCAUAAGCUGUGCCAUGUCUUUUUCACCAGCCUUCUUGAGACUGCUAGAGAAUUUGAGACUGAUUUUGCAGGCACUGACAGUGGCUGCUACUCUGCCUUUGUGGUCUGGGCCAGAUCAGCCAUGGGCAUGUUCGUGGAUGCCUUUAGCAAGCAGGUGUUUGACAGCAAGGAGAGCCUCUCCACUGCAGCUGAGUGUGUCAAGGUGGCCAAGGAGCACUGUCAGCAGCUGGGUGACAUCGGGCUCGACCUCACCUUCAUCAUUCAUGCCCUCCUGGUGAAGGACAUCCAGGGGGCCUUGCACAGCUACAAGGAGAUCAUCAUUGAAGCCACAAAGCAUCGCAACUCUGAGGAGAUGUGGAGAAGGAUGAACCUGAUGACUCCGGAGGCCCUGGGUAAGCUCAAGGAAGAGAUGAAGGGUUGUGGCGUGAGCAACUUUGAGCAGUACACGGGGGAUGACUGCUGGGUGAACCUGAGCUACACGGUGGUGGCCUUCACCAAACAGACCAUGGGCUUCCUGGAAGAGGCCCUGAAGCUGUACUUUCCAGAGCUGCACAUGGUGCUUCUGGAGAGCCUGGUGGAGAUCAUCUUAGUUGCCCUUCAGCAUGUGGAUUACAGUCUUCGGUGUGAGCAGGAUCCAGAGAAGAAGGCUUUCAUCAGACAGAACGCAUCCUUUCUAUACGAAACAGUCCUCCCCGUGGUGGAGAAGAGGUUUGAAGAAGGUGUGGGGAAACCUGCAAAGCAACUCCAAGAAUUGAGGAAUGCAUCUAGACUUAUGCGGGUGAAUCCUGAAAGUACAACAUCGGUGGUCUGAGGCUUGCAUCUUAUGUGUACAUAUGCAUUCUGUUUAUAUAUUAUUUAUAUUUAUACUAAGUUGCAUUAGCAUCUUCUUUGUAGGCUCAAACACAGCUUAAAAAUAAAAAGUGCCCUCUUAGAAAUAGAAAAUCUAGAGGAGAAAGGAAAAAGGAUAAGUAAAGCCCAAGUAACAAAAAUACUGAAAUUAUUAAAACAAUAUGCUU